GACACUAUUGGAAGCUAAGACUAUUCACAGCCACUUUACUUACUUCCAAAACUACCAAGAUCCUCUGGAUAGGUUUUCUUCGCUGGGAAGAGCUCUUAGAGUGAUGGCAUAUGUAUACCGUUUUAUUUCUAAUUGCCGUGCUUCAGCCGAUAUAACUUCACGAACUCAUUCGCUGACCAAUGACGAAAUCCAGGAUGUUCGAGAUCGUUUAAUUGUCUUGUCACAAAAAUUAUUUUAUCCAACUGAAUAUAAGGCAUUGUCAAAUGGGGAGCAAAUUACGUCCACCAGUUCCUUAUUGACUUUGAACCCCUUUUGUGAUCCCAAAGGCCUCUUAAGAAUAUGUAGUCGCAUAGCCCAUUCCGAGAGCCUCACUUAUAAUGAGCGUUAUCCUAUUAUCCUGCCGUAUCACGGUACCUUCUCCCGAUUGCUGAUACUGUUCAUACAUUGCAUUACAUUGCAUGGAGGCAACAGUUUAAUGCUACGAAUGUUGCGUCUCCAGUUCUGGAUUCCAAAGGCGAAAAUUCUUAUAAAGGCCUGUGUUCACAAUUGCAAGAUUUGUGUAAUUUCCAAACACAAGCUUAGAACGCAGCUGAUGGGAACCCUUCCUCCAGAACGUACCACGCUCAGUCGACCAUUCACGAAUACUGGUAUUGACUUUGCAGGUCCGUUCGACAUAAAAAACUACUCGGCGCGAUCCUGUACUAUAACAAAGGGAUACGUAUGUUUAUUCGUUUGUUUCGCUACACGUGCUAUCCACUUGGAGCUCACAAGUUCCUUGACCACUUCAGCCUUUCUAGCGGCCUUUCACCGUUUUUCUUCCAGACGUGGGUGUCCCUUAAAGAUCUUUUCCGACAAUGGCAAAACAUUUGUUGGAGCAUCGAAAGAGGUGGCGAAAAACUUUCUUCAAAGAUCGCGGGACGAGACACUUUUCCAAUUCUCCUACCAGCGCUUAUCCUGGCACUUCAUUCCACCAGGAGCUCCUCAUAUGGGAGGGCUCUGGGAAGCCGGGGUGAAAAGUUUUAAGGCUCAUUUCCGAAAGAUGGCAGGAUGUCAUAAAUUUACGUUCGAGGAAUUCACUACUAUACUUUCCCGUAUCGAAGCCUGUUUAAACUCGCGACCUAUUUCACCUUUAUCCGAAAAUCCCGACGAUUUGCUAGCUCUUACCCCUGGACAUUUCCUUACUGGGGGUCCUUUGCUUUCACCUGCCGAACCUGACGAAUCCGAGACUACUAUUUCUGUAGUUAAUCGUUGGCGAAGAGUUGUGGCAUUAUCUCAACAGUUCAGUAUUAGAUGGAAACAUGAGUAUCUUAAAGAGCUUCACAAGCGCAUUAAAUGGAAAAGACCACAGCCAAAUAUCCAGAUUGGUUCUAUGGUUGUUGUGAGAGACGACUGUUUGCCACCCCAGGAAUGGAAAUUGGGGCGUAUUUCGAAGAUAUAUUAUGGCAAGGAUGAUUUAGUGCGAGUAGUCGAUAUAACUACACAAAGGGGAACCAUAACUCGGCCUGUUGUAAAAGUCGUGGUACUCCCACCAUGUUAGAAAUUAGUUAUUCAAUUUCCUUUUGUUACAUUAUUGUCCUUUAUUAUAUUUUAGUUUACUCUUACAGAAUGCCACCUAUUUUAUCCCGCCUUAGCCGUUCCGAGGCAAACAAAAAUUAUUACUCUUGCAGAAUCUGUUCACAAAACCACGGUCUUCGUAAAUGCAAGGUAUUCCGAAAAAAGGAUGCGAAACAACGUAUGCAAUUAGUUGUGACUCACCGCUACUGUCCAAACUGUUUAGCCCAUCAACACUCAUCUAGUUCUUGUUUUUCAACUAAAGGAUGUCGGUUUUGUGGAGGCAACCAUCACUCCUUAUUGCAUAUAGAUAAUCCAAAAUUGCGAAGCAAGAAAACAAGGACAGUAAAGGUCGAAAAAAGCCCCACAGGUGAACCACCAAACACCAGUUCAACUAACCAGCGAUCACUAACGAUAGCGUCUAUUGCAACUCCAAACGCCACUUUGCUAUUUCCAACGGCUAUAAUACUGGUUGUGAUCGGCAAGAAAAAGCACCAUAUCCGCGCAGUUAUUGAUCCUUGCACCGCCAUUAGUAAAAUAUCUAAACAGUUUGUUGAAGAGUUACGACUUAACACAACUGUCCUAGGAUCGGAGUCCAUAUGUGCAGUCUCUAUAGCAUCUCGCCACUCUUCUCACACUAUUUUAGACACCACAAUGAGAGUCAACAACCACAUAUCAAUGGACACGCCUAAUAGAUCCAUUGAUGCUGCCAUUGCUGCAAAAUUCGCUAAUUUGACUUUAGCAGAUCCAAAAUUUUAUAUCUCUGGGCCGUUUUCAAUCGUACUUGGAUCUGACAUAUAUGGGCGCAUUAUAUUACCGGGUCUUUUAGCUAGUGAUGGCUCUCUUCCAGUCGCCACAAAUACUAUCUUCGGCUGGGUGCUGUCUGGCUCAUGCACCACCUGAUGCAACAACUAUUGAACUGGAUUAUAUUUAAAAUUAACAUUAGAAUCUAUAAGUAAACUGAAUUGUUAUUAAAUUUUGACUAGAGAUAACCCUUAUAGUAUUAAGGCAUAUUGAAUUUCAAGCAUUUUAUGAACACUCAAAGAUCGUAUGAAUUGUAUAUUUUCCUAUUUU